ACAUCCACAUCCCCACUACCGCCCAUUCCGCCCAGGCCUUGGUCUCGCAUUCACAUUCGUUGGCCGGCCCGUUUCCUUUUGACUCCACCAUGGCCGCCACCUGCUCUUCUGCCCGAAUGUAUUGUUCUUGUGCACUUGCUCAGCGCUGCGGCUGCAACUCCGACGACGCGUCAUUCUCUUCACGCCAAAGCUGACCAUCAUGAGCGCACGACCAACUUACUCGCAGCCUCAGAUAGCCCGGUAUUUCGAUCGGCUCAAGCUACCGCAGGAACAGCGCCGAUAUCGCGUGGCCGGCCUGCCUGACGCCGACAUCUUGAACUACCUGACGCUGCUCCAGAAGCUGCAUCUUGCAGAGAUUCCCUUUGAGAACUUCGCGCUGCACUACUCAACCCACCACUCAGUGUCUGUGCACCCGGAGCAGCUGUUCAACAAGAUCAUCGGCGACAAUAAUGGCCGCGGUGGCUACUGCAUGGAAAACAACUGCCUUUUCGGCACCCUGCUAACCUCGCUCGGAUUCACCCUCUACUCGGGCGCCGGUCGAGUCUUCGAAGGCACCAGCUCGGGGGGUUGGAUGCACUACAUCAACUUUGUCACCAUUGGCGAUAUCAAGUACCAUGUUGACGUUGGCUUUGGCGGCGAUGGUCCGAUUGCGCCCAUGCCUCUGGAUCCCACAGGCACGGUGCAGAAGCACAUUCAGCCUGCGUCGGCUCGCCUCCAAUGGCGCAAUAUCCCCGGUAACGUGGACCCUAACCAGCGUGUUUGGGUCUACGAGUACCGGAGGAGCGAUGCCAGCGACUGGGAAAUGAAGUACGCGUAUUCCGAGCUCGAGUUCCAGCCGCAGGACUAUGUCGCCAUGAACUAUUUCACCAGCACUAGCCGGCACAUCUUUUUCACAAGCAAGAUUAUAGCACACAAGAAUAUUCUUGAAGACGGCGAGUUGAUAGGCAAGAUGAGUAUGGUAGCUGCUACGCUGAAAUGGAACAUACACGGGGAGAAGACCAAGGAAAUCGAGUUCAAGAGUGAAGCAGAGAGAGUUGAGGGGUUGGACAAGUACUUUGGCAUCAAGCUCACCCAGGCAGAGCGCGACGGCAUUGCUGGUAUGCCUUCCGAGAUUAAGUAGAAAAGAAUUGAUUGCUUAACAUCUACCUGGUGCGUGUCGCUUGACAUACUGCGUCGUGCGUGUACUAGAGAAGUAUAUAGGCCUAGAAGAAUCGUUGCUCGCACCUCCACGGGUUGUUGAGUUCGAAGCCGGCGGGGGCGACGGCCUGGUCGGUCUGGCCACGCAUGAAGCCCGUCAGUCGGCGGUCGCGUUCCAUCACUGGCGUCGUGUGAGUGCAUGCAUAGCAUGAGGUCAUGGUUGAGUGGAGUGGUACUUUGCCUGUCCCAUGCAUCGAUACCCCGUCGCGUUCGCUUUCCACCGUUCUGAAUCUC